AUGAAUAGAAAUUUAAUUUUUACAUUUAUUUUAUUGAUUGCACUUUCCGUUACCAAUGCUAUUCCGCUUGAGAAAAGAUCCACCGAUUUUACUUUUGGAUGUGUUGACGGUUUUAGAAACCCUAUAGAUGCAAUCAAUGCAAGCGUUUCUCCUGAUCCAGUGAUUUCUGGAAAAAAUGUUACUUUCAGUGUUUCUGGAACACUAAGUCAUAAAAUUAAUAAAAAUGGACGGAUUUUAAUUAGCUUUUUUGAUGCUUCAUUAGUCCUCAUAGAAGGUCAUGGCGCUCAAGCUCCUAAAACUAAAGCUAAACGUCAAUUUCAAGCAAAUACCACAUUUAAGGCGCCAAAUGAUUUACCAAGCCAAUACUCCAUUCAAGUUUUAGUUGCGAAUCCAAGUAAUCCGCCCAACAAAGAGAAAGAUAUUAUAGGUUGUAGAAUCGCAGAUGCUAGCUCCUUCUAA